GCCCGGCCAGCCCGGCGCUGCAGUUUAAAACAGACGGCGACGCGUGUUCAGCCCCAGUUCGCCAGGAGUCGGCCAGCAGCACAGUUUACCCUGCGGCCAUGAAGUGCCUCCUUGUCCUGUCCGCGCUCACGUUCGUCGUCCUUCUUGCAGGCUCCACCAAGGGAGAAAAACGCUAUUCUAGGAAGUUAACGGAAACCGUUGACGGAUGCUUGGCGUUUUUCGACAAAACUAGAGAUGACUUGGAGCAUGUUAUUAUGAACGAUACUCUCGAUGAAUCCUCUGAGUUUCCCGCGAAAAUGACCUUGUGCGUCUUCCGGAGCUUCGGCAUCUUUGAUGAUGAGGACAGAUUCUCGAAAAUCGCACUGGUAAAUUACUUGAGCAACGAAAUGUUCCCCGAGGCCUCUAAGAAAGAUCCCAAAAUAGCCGAAGCUGCUGCUUCUCUGGCCGACAAAUGUGAACCAAUAGUGGAGGCAUCUGAUAAGCCCGCCCUGGAGAAUGCGAAAAUCCUCGUAAACUGCCUGCUCGCCCAUAAAAACGAGUAUGACAAGGUGGGCAAGCCUGUGGAUAGCAUGUACGAUGUCGACGCGGUCAGCAACCACCCUUUGGUGCCGUCAAAGUGAAGGGAGAGCGAGGCCCCGGUUAGUGAUCGGUCCCAGUCCGUUGACAGCUCGACCCCUUCGCCAUGCCAAAUCAAGUGCACCGACUACUGCGCCAUGAAGUGUCGAUCGACAUUCAACGAUGAGCGGUCAUCCCGGGACUGCACCCUCAAGUGCACCGAAACGUGCCAUUACAAGUGCAAGGGGGCAAAUAAGGGUGCCAACUGACACCACCCAACUUUGUUACUGCUUGAGCUGUAAACGUGUGUGUGUGU